AUGGCUUCCACGGAAGACCAGUGGUUCAACCCUUCUGACAUGUUAAACCUGGGAAGCUCCGAUCGUAAUUCGCCGGCAUUUGACCAGUUUGAAGGAACGCAAAAGACCGAAUUCAACAGCGCAUCAUCCAUUGCUAACGACAAUGUAUUUAACAGCUUUUUGACAACGAACUACCAAGACGUCGACGAAUUUCUCACCCAGGAAUUAAAGGAUCUCGACAUUCCAAUGAUGCCUGAACGUCCGGCCAGCAUUGACGGUGACGUAAACUACGAUGCUGUCUGGGAUCAAGGGUUCGAGAGCGUCGCAACACCGCGCAAAUCUCACAAGCGUGGCCCAAGCGGUACCGCCAUUUUUGGCUUCACGAGUCACAACAGAGAACUGAGCAUAACUAAAACUGCGUACCCCGAGGAAAAUGGUAUUUUAUUGGAGAAAUAUGCUCGAGACGAUGCCCUCGAAACAGCUGCUGAGCACGGUGGUUGUCCACCAAAGCUUCCUGAUAAUUCUACCCGAAACUUUAACACAGCUAUACUAAAGCAGCAGGAGGAGCUCCGUGUUGCACUGGAAAAGCAACAAGAAAUGAAUAAAAAACUUGAAGAACGAUUGCGUCAGAGCCAAUUCCAUCAACAGCAGCUUCAGCUGGCUCUGCAGGAACAAAAGAUAGCCUCUCACCAGUACCCUUCUGCACCAUCUUCGCAGGUUCGAGGGAAUGACCCUUCGCUCCAAAGGCCAGCGAGUAAAGAUGACCCACUGAUCGUAACGAACAAUGCAAAUGGCGCUUAUAAGUUUCCACCACCACCUAAUACAAUCAAAUUUGGAAAUGGAACUAUGUCACCAAUGUCGAGAACUUCCAUAAAUGGAUCGCCAGUGAGGAGAAAUGAUAGGGCCAAAAGGCACGGGGUGAGUCCAGAUUUGAAAGUUCCUCAAUUAAACCUAUCUAGCCAUGUGCCAAGUCCCGAUUCUUCGAUAAGAGGAUCCUCCAAUGGAGAAAAUCGCAUUUCUUUCGCGACCAUACAGAAGAUGUCUAAAUAUUUUGAGAGCUUGAAUAAUGAGCACCAACAAGCGCAUGGAAGCGCUUCUGAAGAAACGAGCAGGGUCGAAAAUGCCCCCAUUACACCUCAAAAUCGAGUACAGGGGUUCUAUUCUUCCCGCUCCCCAUCCCCUCGGGGAGUAAAACAUAUGACAAAAGACUCUAUAUCUUCAAGCGCUUCAACAAUACCUCAACUUCAUGACGACGAAGAGCAUGACCAUGAGCCAAAUUGUUUGCCUAGGUCUACUACAGGUCUUGGAAUUCGUUAUAAGGACGGAAAAACAGGUGAGAAGUUUUCUAUUCACAAUGCUCCGUACCUCGCAGAUCUUCCAACAAUUCCAGGGUCUACAGACAAUACACCUCAUGGUCAAAGGAUUAUGAUAGAGGGAGCCUCAGGAGGACUUCCUCAGAAACACAUGUUUCAGCACACCCCCAUCAAAAAGAAUAAUAUCAACCAUUAUGCACUUAGUGCCUGCGCCAGCCAACAUACGGACAUUUUAGACUCUCUGAAAGAGGAUCUCAGGCCACCAGGCUCUGUUAAUCCAAGUCAAGACUUCGAACCGGAGAGCGAAUUUGUUCAGGCUCAAACUCCAUCUCCGAUUUUAAAAUCCCAAUGCGUUUUUGAAGGUGAGACGCCCGUUCUCGAGCCUACAUAUCUCAGCCCUAUGAAGAUUACGCGAAAGCCUACUACGCUACCUCCUGGAGAGAUUGAUCGAUAUGUUAAAGAACUUCCGGACAGAACUUUUGCUUGUCUCUAUCCACAUUGCGGCAAACAUUUCAGGCGACGUUACAACAUAAGGUCUCAUAUUCAAACGCACUUGGAGGACAGACCAUAUAUGUGCGAUUUUGAAGGUUGCAACAAGGCAUUCGUUCGGAAUCACGAUUUGAUAAGGCAUAAAAAGACUCACGCCGAAAAAUGCUUUGUAUGUCCGUGCGGUAAGAAAUUUGUAAGAGAAGACGCACUUCUCGUGCACAGAUCACGAAUGAUAUGUGUUGGUGGAAAAAGGUUCGAAAACGUCGUCAUCAAGAAAUCUCCUCGAAAACGUGGCAGGCCGCGCAAAGAUGGACUAAUUAGCGUCAACAGCAGUCCUGUCAAAGAAACUGUUGAACGCGACAACACCGGAAUGGUAGCUUUGAGAAUGGAAGAGCAGCUCAGGCGAGAACUGAUGGAUCACGGACUUUUAGAUCUUUCGCAUUCGUCAGACGCAGAGUCUAUGACUCCAGCCUAG